UGAUCACAGAAGAAAAAUAUGUUUGCUCUUACAUUUCUAACUCCAAAUCCAAGACUUCCAUCUCCAUUGUUCGUUGCCAAGUCUAUUCCCGAAUCAGCGUUGAGCAGAAGAAGCAUAGCUUUUUCAUCUUCUAACUCUUAUCAUUGGAGACCGAACCUUAGAUUUAAUGGCUUCAAGCUCAAGUCAGCUACAGUUCCGGAGAAUGUUGAAGGAGGAGAAUCGGAAUCUGGAAGUUUGGUCAAAGCGUUGAAGUUAGGAGGCAUGUUUGGAGUUUGGUACCUUCUCAAUAUAUACUACAACAUCUUCAACAAACAGGUACUUAGGGUUUAUCCAUAUCCAGCGACUGUAACAGCAUUUCAAUUAGGGUGUGGAACGUUGAUGAUUGCAAUAAUGUGGCUCUUUAAACUCCAUCCACGCCCCAAGUUUGCUCCUUCUCAGUUUACGGUGAUCGUACAACUAGCAGCAGCUCACACGUUAGGUAACUUGUUAACAAACGUGAGCUUAGGGAGAGUAAAUGUCUCUUUCACCCACACAAUCAAAGCAAUGGAGCCUUUCUUCACCGUCUUGUUAUCUGUUCUCUUGCUCGGUGAGUGGCCGAAUCUGUGGAUUGUUUGUUCGUUGUUGCCAAUUGUCGCUGGAGUGUCUUUAGCAUCAUUCACAGAAGCUUCUUUCAAUUGGAUUGGUUUCUGCAGUGCAAUGGCAUCUAAUGUAACGAACCAAUCACGCAAUGUUCUCAGUAAAAAAUUCAUGGUUGGAAAGGAAGCUAUGGACAACAUCAACCUUUUCUCUGUAAUAACAAUCAUCUCCUUUAUGUUACUGGUUCCUGUAGCAAUCCUCAUCGAUGGGUUUAAGCUUACUCCUUCGCAGUUACAAAUAGCAACAAGCCAGGGUUUAUCCGUAAAAGAGUUUUGCAUCAUGUCUCUACUUGCUGGUGUUUGCUUGCAUAGCUACCAACAGGUAUCGUAUAUGAUAUUGGAGAUGGUGUCUCCAGUAACACACUCUGUAGGGAACUGCGUGAAACGUGUGGUGGUUAUUACAUCAUCCAUUAUUUUCUUCAAAACUCCAGUCUCACCUCUUAACUCUAUAGGUACCGCGACUGCACUAGCUGGAGUUUAUUUGUACAGCAGAGCCAAAAGAGUCAAAGUCAAACAAAUCCCAAAAACGUCUUGAAUUAUUAUGUACAUAGAAGCUCUUAAGUUUAAUGGGAUCAAAGUUACUGAAAAAAUGUUGAUAUUUUUGUUCAUCCAUGUAUGUGGUUGGUUUCACUUCACACAUCAUCUUAAUUUUUGUUAAAUUCAACUAAUAAUUAAAAAAUCUAUCU